ACGGAUCUCCGAGAAAAUUGAAAAAUUAUAUCCGAAUUCUCGAAUUCUCGGUGCUGAUCCUUCCUCAGUUCUUCAUCUUUGGAACGUCGGAUAUCAAAUACCGUGACUCUGCUCCUUUUUGCGGCAUUAAUAUCUUUGUCUACCUCAAUAAUGGUAUCGCUGGAGGAUAGUUGGAAAGAAGCUACAGAAGGCUUGGACGCCGCAGUCUGCGAUGCCUGGUUCACGCGAUUGCAGGAGGUCUACUCGGAGGAGAAACGUACAUACCACAAUCUGGAUUCGCUCAGGGAGAAGCUAAAUCAUUACUACGAAAUCAAAGGAAAUCUAAAAAAUCCACGUGCCGUCCUGCUCGCCAUAUUCUUUCAAAAUUUCGAAUACGAUCCCAAGGCUCUAGACGGCGAGGAUAAAAAUCUCGAACACUUCAACACUUUUGCCGAUGAAGCGGAAAUUCCAUUGGAUGCGGAGCUCAGAGAAGAAACGUGCGCCCUGCUCAAAGUGGCGGCUACUCAUAGCACUGAGGCGCAUAAGGUAGGCGGUGCGUUCGGUGGCGAAGACGCUCAUUACUUUCUGGACCUGGACAUGGCGGUGCUCGGCUCCUCUCCGGAUAGUUAUGCUGAAUACAGGGAGCGAAUACGCGGAGAAUAUUCUUUCCUCAGCGAACCCAUGUACACAGCGCUGCGAUUAAAGGUGUUGCAGAACUUCCUGCAGAUUCCAAACAUUUUCGCCACCAUGGAGUUUCGCGAUAAGCUAGAGGAACAGGCGCGCCAGAACAUCCAGGCGGAGGUGGAACUGUUAUCUUAGAAUUCUUCGUUGUUUCGUUUUCCGAGGGUUUAAAUCGAGAAUAAUUCACGCAGCUUCGAAGAAAAUGCCCAAGAACUCUCUCGGGUUUCGCUUUUGUCAAACAAAUAAUGACGCAAAGGAUUUCGAUGCCUACCUCACAGAGAGAAAUACUUUAACUGCUUUCGCAAAUGCAGGGCAAAUAUUGAAUAAGAGUCUCUCGUGAUUGAAAAAAGAGUGUUAAAAUUGCUAUUUUUUUCUUUUUCCUUCGACGACUAAUCGUCAAUACGAUGAGUUAAAUGUUUUAAUACGUCGCUUCGUAGUGUUUUCUUUUCUUAUAAAAAUAAAGAAAACUCGCGUAAUCUUUAUAAUUAUUUCGCGUAAAAUUCUUUUUUUCGAAAAAAAGUUUAUUAUAUUUAUGUAAUGUAGGCAUAGCACUAUUAAACAGCCAAAUGCGAAAGAGUAUUAAUUUAGUUUAAUCAUAAAUAAACUAAUUAUUUUUUUACUAGCAAUGAUUUUAAUUUAAUAAUUGCUUGUUAGAUCGAUGAAAUUAUAUUGCCAUUGCGAUGUUAGAUAAUGAAAAGUAAGAUUUUGCAAAUAUAACGACUAUUUUGUCGUGAUAUAUUUGGAUUUGUAAAUGGAAUUGACGUGUCGAUUAAUGUGUAAUAUAAACAUAUAUGUAUAUUUUAGAGAGCGUAUUUUUCGCGCUACACUUUGUGCGACAAAACUUUACUACUUUCGAUAAGUAUUUAACUUUACACAUAAAACUUUCGGCUGACAUGUGUUGUCAAGACCCUCACAAUUUUUAAGUAAUAUUCAAAAAACAUUAUAACCCUUUAUAGUUUGUUAAAAAAUUAUUAAUAAAUAAAAGUUCGAGUACUUUUUAGCAAAUAAAAAGAUAAAAACUGAUGAAGGAAACUACAAUUUAGGGUUUUACAGUGUAAAGAUAAAAAUUUAUCUGACUUUUGUCUCUGCGUAUUCGAGGAUUCUUGAAAUUCUUGAAAAAAAAAUUGUCAGAAUUUUUCGGAAAUGUCGAGAAAUUUCAAAAAAAUCCGAAAGCUUCUUGCAAAACUUGUAUGCCCGUAAAUCAUUGGAGAUGUUCGAUCACAAUGUUCGAAACACAAGCACAUUUAUUUUACUGAUAAUGCGCCGUUGAAUUUUAUGCAAGUUAAAAUUAAUUACGCUAUACAAAAUGUAUUUUAAAGCUCGUAUCAAAAUGUUAAAAAAAAAAGAGUAAAUUGUUAAAUAAUGAUUAAGAUAGGACGGAGAUCAAAAGAAUCACCGACGAAAAUAUUACAAACGAUGUACAAUGAAAUAAAGAAUAUUAUUAAGUACAUCUCA